AUGGCGUUGUAUAGAUUACCAGGCAUAUAUAUUUACGCGCUUCCAAGAGUAAAUAGACACGCUGAUAGGAAUUUCCGACGUGAAAUAGACGACGUACUAUUGUAUUAUGAUGAUAAUGAGUUACGACAACGCUAUCGCUUCGGUAGUGAAACCAUUAGAUAUAUAACUCGUCUCGUAGAAGAUGACAUACAACCUCAAACAAACCGUAACCAUCCUGUUUCCGCCAUACGACAAGUGUUGAUAACACUUAGAUUCCUAGCCUCGGGAAGUUUCCAGCAAGUUACAGGGGACACAGUCGCCGGUUUAGAUAAGUCUACUGUGAGUAGAAUAAUUCGUCGGGUUACCGUAGCUUUGUCACGGAGAAUAGAUCAAUUCAUAAGAUUUCCUAAUUCGCAAGAAGAGCGCGAUGCUACAAAGCAAGGCUUUUACGAGAUCGCUAAUUUUCCAUGUGUGAUCGGUUGUAUUGACGCGACGCACAUCCGAAUAAUUGCUCCUAGUGACAACGAAUGGGAUUUUGUUAAUCGCAAGAGGUACCAUAGUAUCAAUGUUCAAGGCAUUUGUGAUUACAAAGGAAAAUUUACAAAUGUUGUUGCAAGAUGGCCUGGAUCCACCCAUGACAGUCACAUCUUCCGUACCUCGCAUAUUAACCAUGAGCUGGAGGAAACCAAUUUUGAGAAUGGUGUGCUCAUAGGCGAUAGUGGCUAUGCAUGCCUACCGUAUCUCAUGACACCCUACCUUGAUCCACAAACACAAUCCCAAAGGCGAUUUAAUCGGGCCUUGAAGAUUACAAGGUCGAUCAUUAAAAGAUCAUUUGGUAUUUUGAAGCGUCGGUUUCAUGUUUUACAUUCCGAGAUCAAGUGA